AUGGUGGCUGCACCGCAGAGAACCCGCGCGUCAGCUCCGAGGUGCGGCCCGGGGCCCCGCGCGCCUCCCCCCACCCGGGAGGCGCUUCCCAGCCGCUCCUCCCGCCGAGGCUUCGGGGGCCGAGCGGCCUCCGGGGAAGCCGGGCCGCCUCCGGUAGCCGCGCCCCCUCCUUUCCUCUCGGCCCUCCGGGGCCGGGCGCCCGCAACCCAGCCCUGCGCGGUGCGCUCUGCGCGGGAGGGUGGCCUUCUCCGCCAGAUCAGCGCGCCGACCCCAGACUUGUCCGAAGACCCCCGCUGGCGUCCGGCGGUGGAACCCGGCGCGCCGGACACUCCCGAGAUCGCCUUAGGACACCGCGCACCGCGAGGGACAAAGACCCGCGCCGCUCCCGGGGAGCACCCCCCUUUCUCGGGCCCCUUCUGGUCCAAAUACAGCCAGACCGGUGUGGGAGCCCCAAGUUGCACAGGGUUGGAGGGGCGGUAA